CCUGGAGUCAUCACAGCCGGCUGAAUAAAGCUUCAUUGCCCCUUAGGAAGUAAAGCUUUCCUGAGAGCGAUGGCAAAUGAAUGAUACAACUCGAGUACCUCGCACACCCCAGAGCUGGCUGCUGCUGGGGGUGGUGGAGCGCCCCUGUGCACUUGGUACGUCCCAGCGGCGGCUUGCCCGCGCAGGACUAUUGGUUUCGUCCUCGGGCGCCCGCGCCUGCGCCCGCUGCGCUCUCCACGGUACCUCCCUCGCGCGCGCCCGGUAGCGCCAGACUCUAGAGGUUCUGCGGCCGCUCCGGAUCCCCAUCGUCCCGGAGGAGGGGCUCGGCGGCGCCGGCUGACACAAGGAUGCCACGGAGAAAGAAAAAAGUUAAAGAAGCCUCUGAAUCUCAGAACCUGGAGAAGAAGGAUGUAGAAACUACCAGUUCUGCCAGUGCGAAGAGGAAGCGUAGACUUGAGGAUGCAUUCAUUGUGAUAUCUGAUAGUGACGGAGAGGAACCAAAGGAGGAGAAUGGAUUGCAGAAAAUGAAGACAAAACCGUCGAAUAGAGUGAAGUGUUUGGCUAAAAGAAAAAUUGCACAGAUGACAGAAGAAGAACAGUUUGCUCUGGCUCUCAAAAUGAGUGAGCAGGAAGCUAGGGAGGUGAAUAGCCAGGAGGAGGAAGAAGAGGAACUCUUGAGGAAAGCCAUUGCUGAAAGCCUGAAUAGUUGCCAGCCUUCUGAUGCUUCUGCUACCAGAUCUCAAGCUCUGACGACUGGACUGUCUUCACGGUCUCACCAAGAGAAGACCAUAGACUCUGGAACCACUGAAGGCAUAUGGCAGCUGGUACCUCCAUCACUGUUUAAAGGCCCACAUAUCAGUCAGGGAAACGAGGCUGAGGAAAGAAAGGAGCCUUGGGACCACACUGAAAACACUGAAGAGGAGCCGGUCUCUGGCAGCUCAGGAAGCUGGGACCAGUCAAGCCAGCCAGUGUUUGAGAAUGAGAACUUUAAAUGUUUUGACAGAUGUACCGGCCACUUGGCUGAGCACACACAGUGUGGGAAGCCACAGGAAAGUACUGGGAGGGGUUGUGUUUUCAAAGAUGCCCAGGGUAGGGGGGACACAUUUAGGCACUGUCUGCCUACCCCAGCAGAUGCCAAAGGUCUCCAGGACAUUGGUGACACUGCGCACUACUUCUGGGGUGUUCCAUUCUGCCCUGCUGGAGUAGACCCUAACCAAUAUACCAAGGUCAUUCUCUGCCAGUUGGAGGUUUAUCAGAAGAGCCUGAAACUGGCUCAGAGGCAGCUUUUAAAAAAAAAGGGAUUUGGGGAACCAGUGUUACCUAGACCUCCUUCUCUGAUCCAGAAUGAAUGUGGCCAAGGAGAUCAGGCUAGUGAAAAAAAUGGAGGCAUCUCAGAAGAUAUGGGAGAUGAAACCAAAGAGGAAAGGCAGGAGUCUAGGGCAUCUGUCUGGCACUCAAAAACCAAGGAUUUUCAAGAAAGCCCAGUUAAAAGCUUGAAAGAGAAACUUUUAUUGGAGGAAGAACCAACAACCAGUCAUGGUCAGUCUUCCCAGGGGCUAUUUGUUGAAGAAACUUCUGAAGAAGGAAAUUCUGUACCUGCCUCACAAAGCAUCACUACUUUGACCAGUAAGAGAAGCUCAGUUCUUAUGCCAGAGAGUUCUGGAGAAGAAAUCACUGUUUGUCCUGAGACACAGCUAAGUUCCUCUGAAAUUCUUGACCUUGAAAGAGAAGUCUCUCCAGGUAGCAGAGAGACCUCAGAUGAAGUUGGUAACAAGGAAGAUGCCAGGAAGGAAAUAUCUGUUUCUGCCUUCUCAACCAGUACCCAAGUAUCCUGCCCACUCUGUGACCAGGGCUUCCCACCUACAAAGAUUGAGCGACAUGCCAUGUACUGCAAUGGUUUGAUGGAGCAAGAUACAGUAUUGACUCGGAGACAAAAAGAGGCCAAGAUCAAGAGCGACAGUGGGACAGCUGUUCAGACUUCCUUAGACAUUGACAAGAAUGAGAAGUGUUAUCUUUGUAAAUCCCUGGUCCCACUGAGAGAAUAUCAGUGUCAUGUGGACUCCUGUCUCCAGCUUGCAAGGGGUGACCAAGGAGAUGGGCCUGCAGGGAGAAGUAGAGCAUGCUCAGCUGUGGAGGGGAAGUGGCAGCAGAGGCUGAGGACCCCAAAGGAAAGAGGCCAUAGUGAAGGACGACUCCUCGGUCUCUUGGAACAUACGGAGCACAAGACUACAGAUGCAGAGAUAAAGACCAAGUCUUCAGAAAUAGGAGCCUUCAGGGUACCCUCACCAAAGGAAGAAGAGGCAGGCUGCAGCAGAGAGAUGCAGAGUUCCUCCCUGCAUCUCAACUUAAAUGAGUCUCCUAUCAAGUCUUUUGCUUCCAUUUCAGAAGCCACAGAUUGCUUAGUGGACUUUAAAAAGCAACUUACUGUCCGGCCAGGUAGCCGGACACAGACCAAAGCUGGCAGAGGAAGAAGGAGAAAAUCCUGAAUUUUUAGGGUCCAAAGGUUGACAAAACCAUUAGCAAUAGGAUAGGUUCAGUAAGCCAUACUGGGUUCCAGUUUAUAGUUGAGCAAGUUUUGGCCCUGCCGUUUUUACUACCAGCACCCACUCAACAUCCUGGUUUUUGUUUUAAUGACAGCUGUGUAUUCUGUUUUAUAAUAGUCUAUUUGAAUUUACUUAUAGUUAAAAGAAAAUUUAAAUAUA